AGCUGCUCCGGAGUGGCGUACCGGAUUCCCGCCGUGCCGUCGGGGAGGCUGAGCGCGGAGGAAGUCUGGUCCCGCCAGCGCACCGUCGCGCUAGCGGUCGCCAUCUUGUGCGGGAGGUGGUGGCAACGCUGCGCUGCGCGGAGGAGCGGCGGUCGCGCCUCCCUCGCCUGCUCUCCCGCUCUCCCCUCCCCUCUCCGCCGUCCUGCUGCCGCGGCGCCAUGUCUGCUGAGAGUCCCGAGCCCGCCUCGGCCGAGGAGCAGAAGGAAAUGGAAGAUAAGGUGAUCAGCCCAGAAAAAGUUGAAGAAGCAAAAUUGAAAGCAAGGUAUCCGCAUCUGGGCCAGAAACCAGGAGGCUCAGACUUCUUGCGGAAGAGGCUUCAAAAAGGACAAAAAUACUUUGAUUCUGGUGAUUACAACAUGGCUAAAGCAAAGAUGAAGAAUAAGCAACUGCCUACUGCAGCUCCUGACAAGACAGAAGUCACUGGUGACCAUAUUCCUACUCCACAGGAUCUUCCACAGCGGAAACCAUCUCUUGUUGCUAGCAAGUUGGCUGGCUGACGAGAACAGCUGAACUGCAUGAUUAUUCUCCUUCCUGUUAUUUCUCUUUAAUAGUUACUUCUCACCCUCACAUCCCCCCUUUUUCUUUCUUACACUAAGUCAUGAGACUGACAGCUUUGCAGGUAGCGAUAGCAUGUGCUGCUAUUGUAAGGGAGUACUGUUAAGAGUAAAAUGUGUAGUAUUUGGACUAGUUGAGAAAAAUGCACUGAUUAAAAAGGACAAGUUUGGUUAGAGCAAUGUAAUCUACUUGAAAAUGUACAUAUUGCCCAAUUCCUAGUGUAGGACUGGUUCCAGCAAGUGACAUCGCAAGUUUUACAACUUCUAAUGUUUCUGCUUUUGUUAUUUCAUCUUAAUUACAGCAUAUUUGUAUUUAAUAUAACCUCCAGUUGUGUUGGGUUUUUCUUCUGUGUUUGGGUUUGUUGUCUAAAAUAGAGGUUUAGACCACAAGUUGCUAGAUGGUAAAGCAUGUAUAAAAACAAAGAUAGGGCUCUGAUUGAAUUUUUUUCUGCUUUUGAACUUGAACGGCCUUAAACCUGUUUCAGCUUUAACAAUAGAGUUUUUACUUGGGCAAUAUUUGCCCAUUCUGGUGUAACUCUUGUGAAUCUACUGCUUAUUGACAACUGCCUGUUGAAGCUGGUAUUCUUUUCAGUUCUGUAGCUUAGGACACACUUUUGUUGAAGAUGUGAAUGAAGUGUGCAUGUGCAUAGACUGUUGAAUUCACUCUUGUGCCAUUUUUGUAAAUACAAUAGUUUUGCACAACCUUUUGCAAACGUCUUAGUUUUACAUCUUAAAAAGCAGAUAAUGUGCCAAUCAAAGCACAAGUGAUUCUGUAUCUUUCAAAGUCUUGUCCUGAAACUAAGAGCCCAGAACCUUGCUACUAAAAGUAAAAAUUGAAUACCUGAAAUUCAUGAAACGCUUAUAUUCACACUUGAUUCAGCCUUAUGCUUUUGCGGUUGUAUAUUUUGUUUCACAACAGCAUCCAGCAUUUGGAUAUAAAUCUGGAAUUUGUACCUAUAUUUGGAGGCAAGUUCCCUUUCUGUUCAGCAGCUCUUUAAGCUUUUAAAGCUGAAACGCUUUGUCUGAUGACAUGGGAGAUGGCUAAAGAUACUGUUCUAGAGAGUUUCCUCUGUGGCAAACUCCAAAUCUAGGCUUGCUAAAGUUUGAUCUGCAGUUGUAUUUGGCUAUUUUAGACUUCUGGAAGUGGAAGGUUAUAAUUGUUUUUUUUAUUGAAAUCCUGAAGUGGCAGUAAACUAAUUCCUUUUCUCUUUGUUAUAUAGCAGCCCCUCAUUGGCUUUGGGGAAACAAAGAACUGGAAGUAGUAUUCAUAUGAUGACCUACUUAGAAAUAGGUAACAUUUCAUGUCAGAAAUUAGGAAUGAACUUUAGUUCAUCUUUAUGAUGCCGGUUGUAAGCACUAGAUUGCCAAAAUACAUAGCUGAUACUAGACAGGUAACCUGAUGCAUUUAAAAGCAUGUUUGUUCAAUGAAAUCAGAAUAUUAAAAGUACAGCAUGACCCAUAAUGUUUUUAAUUGCUUUUAAUGUAGAUAAUCACAGCCUUGAUGUUCUUUGGGAGUAUAAGAAACUCUUUAAAAAGAUCCGUUUACUGAGUACUUUUUUCCUUAAAGAAACAGUUCUGAAACAGCCUAUUAAAAACAAAGCAUCAAUGUGGGUAUUAUAAGAGAAAUACUGUUAAAGGUGGUGUUUUUAGAAGGAUGUGCUUUGUGUUGACAUAUUCAGAAAGGUGAAUAUGUCGACACAAAGCACAUCCUUCUGAAAACACAGACAGCUUGUCCUUACAUGAUAAAGGACAGUUAGUCAAAAAGAACACUGGCUCAUGUUUUCUGCAGUGUUCUUUCUAAAGGCAGACAUAAGAAAAUGCUGAAAAGAAAAGGAAAAAUCUUAAUUUGGUUCUGUUUUGAUCAGAAUAUGAGCAAAGUAUAUUGGUGUCUAUAUAAUGUAUUUGGUUUGGAGAAGUCAUUCCAGAGAAUUUAAAAAUUGCUAACUUGAUCCUUUUCCCAUCUGUAUAGCCCUUUUCUAGUAAUUAAAUGGGCUCUGUUAAGCCUGUGCUUGUUCCUUAUCCUCCACUAGUAUUACAAAGAAUUUGUGACUUUUGCAGACCAGGUUGAAGAAAUGGACUUACUUGACUUCUUUAGGUAAGAAAUUAGGCUGGAAGAAUAGCAAGGAAACCAGAUGUAUUGAAGCAAACUGCUUUUUACAGAUGUUUGUCCUGAUGUCAAAAUCCCUCUUUAUUUUUAUAUGUAUAAAUGAAAUUGAAAUUUAAUGAUAGGACUGGGCCUGAAACAAAUUUCAAACAAUUUAAGGUGACUUGCUGUGUAUUGUCUGGUGCCACUAUUCUGUAGCUCACAUAAGGUGAGCUUUCGUGAUGUUUGGGAAGGUUUUAAAAAAAGUAGCCAUUUAAAUUUGAACAUUCCACUCUGUUAGCUACAACUCAGCUUGUCCUGCUGGUUGGACAACACAAGCUCUUCUGAUGUUCACUUUGUGACUUGCAGUUCUUAUGAUUACUACAAAUUCAGCUAUGAAUAUAUUAUCCAUGUGUAUAUUUGAAGUACUGUAAUACUAACUAGGUCGAUGACUGGUUAUGAGCCUUCACAUCUGACAGACCUCAGCAGCAGGCACAGCUAUCUUGAUUCUAUACACUGUAUAAAACUUAAGUCCAAUAAUCACUUAACAGGAAAUCAAACAUGACUGCAAAUCAAUGCUUACUUUCAGCUUAAUCCAGCAAGAUAACUCAGCUAUCCAAACUUAUGUAUAUAAUGUAUUAUAUGAGUUUUACCAUUUGAUAAUUACCUUUUUCAAAGAAAACCUGUCCACACUGUAGACUGGCAGUCCCUUUCAUAUCUUGCCUUUAAAGAUAGACAGUGUUUAGUUAUUAGAGUAGUACUCAUAUAGGCUUAUAAUAGCAGGUAGCACCAACAUUUUAUUUGAGAUAAGUGGAUUAAUUACAACUUUACAGAUAUGUCCCCAAAUCUUUAGCACCAAAGGCUUCCCUCUCAUUGUUCUUGAUGUAGUAGGACAGUGUUUGUGUAAAGGCCACAGGAGUACAUUUUGUUGGACAUAUUUACACCCAGUCAGGAUGUUAAGGUGAUAAAAAUGGCAAUUGUUCUUUACAAACUUACACGUUGUAUAGUAUACAGAAUAAAUUGAUCUACUUAGUUUUUAUUGCAAUGUGGAGAUUUGUCUCGUCUUUACUGUGGUUUCCUAAAAGAUACUGCAUACUUCGGUAUUCUCUAUGGAAAAUUUCUAUAACCUAACUCUUGCUACUCUGUAUCAUUAAAAAUAUGACUGGGCUUUGGUUUCUAGUAUGUUAGACUACAGAAUUACUUUAAUGUAAUCACAUUUAUAUAUAUUUCAGUGCUUAUUUUUCUAAUAAGGCAAUUAAAGCUUAUUGUUUGAAAACUC